GGUCUUUCUCUCUCUAUCCCUUUUUCUAUACCUAAUUAAAAUUCAACUCUCUUAUCUCUCUCUCUCUAUUAGACAAAAAAUAAAAAAAUAAAAAAAACCCGAAACUAACGUCUAUAUAAUUUCUUAGCUUUUUUUUUUUGUCAAAAUAAAAAAUCAAUUCAAAACAUUUUAAAAAUCAAAAAAUCUACCCAGAAAUUGCAUCCUGUUAAAUUCCCCCCAAAUUAAUUCCCCAGAUCCAUUUUGAUUUCUUCUCUUAAUUCGACGUCUGAAAUUAAUCACUAUACCCUCCAUCCCACCUUCUCUCCAAUUCAUCCUCAUCAGCAAAAAAGCUUAUUCUAGAAAGAGAACGAGUGAUUGAGUGUUGACGAAGAUGUCGAAUUCUCGUGGUCAGUUUGUAAGGGUGAGUAGAGCAGUGUUAGCGGCAUGCAUGACAUGCCCUAUUUGUAAUAAGCUUGUUCGUCAGGCUACCACCAUCUCCCUUUGUCUUCAUACGUUUUGCAAGCAAUGUAUUUACGAUAAACUAUCCGAUGAGGAUGUUGAUAGCUGCCCAGUGUGUGAUGUUAAUCUUGGAUGUAUUCCAGAGGAAAAACUCAGGCCAGACAACAAUCUGGCAGAUAUCAGGGCCAAGAUUUUCCCUCCUAGAAGAAGACAAAUUGCAGAACCUGAAGUUACCCCUGUGAAUUCCCCUCCAGCUAAAAGAAAGGAGAGAUCACUGUCAUCGUUAGUGGUCAACACACCUAGAGUAUCCAUACAAGCUGGUGUCACUGGUAAAAGAAAAAGAGCUGGAAGAAAAGGUUCUGCACCAAGGGUUGCAAGUCCUGCCACUGAAGAAACUCCCAAGAAAGAGGAGUCUUCCGUGGAAGAUCAUCUUGAUGGGUCAAGUUCACCUGAGACGUUAAAUAAGAUCAUGCAAAAUAAGAAGCAGAGUUCUUCAACCAAAUCUUCCAAUGAUCAGAUUCGUGGUGAGCACAUCAAGGGAAAAGUUGAUGACUGGAAACCAUUAAAUACUCUUGUUGAAGCUGCUAAUAGAAGCAAGUUCUCUAAGUCUAAUUUACAAGGGCCUUCUCAUGCUAAAGAAGAGCCAUCGGGAGAACAAGAUGUAAAGAUGAAUAAGAGGAAAAUUGGGGAGAAUGGACAGAGAACCGAAGUCCAGGAUGACAAAAGUGGUGUGUCAUCAGUCCCGGGGCCAGUAAAACGUAAAAGGAUGCGCCCAUCUAACAGAAACCGAUCAUCUGGAACUAUAGAAUUCAGUCCGCAGGUCAUGGUCAAUGAGACUUGUCGGAAUUGGAAAGAUGGUCCAGUUUGGUUUUCACUGGUUGCUGCUAAGAAUCAGGUUGGAGAGGAACCUCUUCCACAAGUAACAGCAGCUUUCUUGAAAGUAAAGGAUGCAAACAUGCCUGUCUCAACAAUUCAAAAAUACGUUGCAGCGAAACUUGAUCUUGCAAGUGAGGCAGAGGUUCAAAUUCUGUGCCAAGGACAACCUGUAAUGCCUCACCUGACACUAAGCAGCCUACUGGAUACAUGGCUCCAAAAUUCAUCGUCCCAGAAGGUACAUACAUCGGUAGGCAACUCUGCUAAGGAGUUCGUGAUGGUUCUCUCCUAUGCACGCAAGGUUGAACCCUUCACUGUUUAAUGCUGCAGCAUUAAUCGCCUUGAUCCGUCUCCAUUAAAUUAUCGUCGUCUUUAGUUAAAUACAGUGACUUUUCUGCAUCUUGCAGAGGAAAAUGGUGUCAUAUUCAGUAUCCAGCAUUUACAAUUUUUUUUUUUAUAUAUUAUAGAGCUACACAUUGGUUAUUUGCGAAUUACAACCUACGUUUGUAAAUGAGGUCAAAUAACAGUUUUUAAAAUUGGUAUAGAAUAUAGACUAUAGGUAGUUUAGCAAUCUUUUCAUUUUUCUGGUGCAUUCUUAUUCUUUUCAUUUAUUGUAGAGAAAUUACCUUGAACACUAUGGUUAUGUACUACUACUAGUUUCCUAUUCUUUUUAUUUGAUUGAAAUUAUUUUUAGUAAUUGUAACUUUUUUUCCUAUUAUAGUAAAUUGGAGAGUUAAAUUAGUUGU